AAGUAAAUCUUGAUAACUUUCUAUUACUAGAAGAAAUAGAAAACACUAUCAAUCCUAUUCCAACCUUAGAAUCAGAAAUAGAAGACACUACCGAUCUUAAUUUGACUGUAGAAUCAGAAAUUGGAAACUUUAAAGACUCUAUAACUAUCCUCCUAACUGAUGUAUCUCAAACUAUUCAGCUAAUGACUAAAAGCUUAACCAAUCUGUUUAUUGAUGGAACUUGGAAGACCCAAAUGUAUUACUAUCUCAGAAAACUUCUUGACCAACAUGCAGACCCAGCUAUAAUAAAAGACUUUAUCGAAAGAAGACAAGCCAAAAGAAAAGCCAAAGACACUUGGCAUG